AUGUCCAAAAUCCAAAUCCCUCGUCUAUGCAAUUCCAUUACUUUUUCCUGCAAUAUAAAAACAAAACCACAUAUAAAAAAUAAAAAUAAAAAUUAAAACAAAAAAGAAAACAAUACAAUAGAAUACAGAAAGAGUGGAGAGAGAAAUGUUGGCGAAAGAAUCGAGUGGUCCGACGUUCGACCUUCCCGAGGAAGUUGUGCAAAUAUUACCCUCUGAUCCUUUCGAGCAACUCGAUGUUGCCCGCAAGAUCACCUCCAUGGCACUCGCUACACGUGUCUCUUUACUCGAAGCUGAGUCUUCUUCCCUUCAACUCAAGCUCGCCGAGAAGGACCAACAAAUAGCCGACCUUAACGCCCAGAUCGACGCCCUCGAUGCUUCUUUGUCCGAAGCCUCUUAUAAAUUCCUUAAGGCCGACCAGGAAAAGGAGAUCUUGUUGAAAGAUAAUGCUUCGCUUUCAAACACUGUAAGGAAGCUUCAGAGAGAUGUUUCAAAGUUGGAGGUUUUUAGAAGGAAACUUAUGCAGUCGCUUCAAGAGGAUGAGGAAAGUUCUGCUGGGGGUCCUCAGAUCAUUGCAAAUCCAACACCAUCAGAUUACACGACAUUGCCUUCAAGAGCUGCUUCAAUGCACAGGCAGUUCUCUGAUAUGGGAAAUUCGUUUGCAGAGGACCGUGACACAAAUGUGGCAGCCUCAAGACCUGGCAUACCACAUAACCUCCUGCUACAAUCACAAACAAGCACACCUCAGCUAACUCCUCCUGGUUCCCCACCAAGUCUGUCAGCAUCUGUAUCUUCGACAAGAACAUCUAAGCCAGCGUCCCCUAGGAGACAUGCGAUUUCAUCUCCUACUUCAAGAGGCAUCUAUGAUGAUAGGUCAUCGAUAUCAAGCUCCGAUUCCGGAUCACAGACCGGACGCACUCGGGUUGAUGGAAAAGAAUUCUUCCGCCAAGUCAGGAGUCGCUUGUCUUACGAGCAGUUUGGUGCAUUCCUGGCAAAUGUUAAAGAACUAAAUUCCCGCAAGCAAACGAGAGAAGAGACUUUAAGGAAGGCAGAUGAGAUUUUUGGCCCAGAUAACAGAGAUGUUUAUGCAAUAUUUGAGGGUUUGAUCAAUCGCAACCUCCAUUAAAUCAGCUGAGCUAAAACUGUACCUAUGGUUUGUAAUCAUUGGUUUUUCCACCUUGUGAUUUAUUUGACAUUUUUUUGUUACCUAAUAAAGUCUCUGUUUGUAUUUUCCUCUUAAGGAUCUUAUUUUCUUGCUCCAUUGCGGUAAAAAAAUAUCUAUCAUUAUUAAGGUGUUUACUUACAUUUUCGAGCCUUUCAAAGCUCGAAGGAAGGCUUUUUGGCAAUGCUCUUCAUCUGGAAAAAUAAAAAAUUUAUCAGAAUCCAUCUCAUCUGGCUUGAAUCUGCACGUAAAGUGACAAAUUCUCUUGUUUUCUCAAUGUUUCAAGAUUUUCUUGUUAACCCAAAAGGGUUUUGUUGUU